GGGCGGCCGCGGGUGACUGACGGCGCCGCCGCCGGGUGAGGAGCCGGCCGCCGCCGCCCAGCGUCCGCCAUGGACCUGUUCGGGGACCUGCCGGAGCCCGAGCGCUCGCCGCGGCCGGCUGCGGGGAAGGACUCCCAGAAGGGACCCGUCCUCUUCGAUGACCUGCCUCGGGCCAGUGCUGACUCAGGGCCAGGGGGACCUUUGCUCUUUGAUGACCUCCCGCCUGCUGGCAGCAGCGAUUCAGGGUCCCUGGCCGUGUCCACUGCGUCCACCAUGUGCGUGCCCCCGGCUGGGGAGAGCGGCGGGAAGGGAGCCAAGCGCAAGGCCACCGAGGAGGAGAACGGCAGUGAGGAGCUGGUGGAAAAGAAAGUUUGUAAAGCCUCUUCGGUGAUCUUCGGUCUGAAAGGCUACGUGGCCGAGCGGAAGGGUGAGCGGGAAGAGAUGCAAGACGCCCACGUCAUCCUGAAUGACAUCACCGAGGAGUGUCGGCCUCCGGCCUCGCUCAUCACCCGGGUUUCAUAUUUUGCUGUUUUUGAUGGACACGGAGGAAUUCGAGCCUCAAAAUUUGCUGCACAGAAUUUGCAUCAAAACCUGAUCAGGAAAUUCCCUAAAGGACAAGGGAUCAGUGUGGAGAAGACCGUGAAGAGGUGCCUCCUGGACACGUUCAAGCACACUGACGAGGAGUUCCUGAGACAAGCCUCGAGCCAGAAGCCUGCCUGGAAAGAUGGGUCCACUGCCACGUGUGUCCUCGCGGUGGACAACAUUGUCUAUAUCGCCAACCUCGGAGACAGUCGGGCCAUCCUGUGCCGCUACAACGAGGAGACUCAGAAGCACGCCGCACUAAGCCUCAGCAAGGAGCACAACCCAACCCAGUACGAGGAGCGGAUGAGAAUACAGAAGGCCGGAGGGAACGUCAGGGACGGGCGAGUCUUGGGCGUGUUGGAGGUAUCCCGUUCCAUCGGAGACGGACAGUACAAGCGCUGUGGGGUCACGUCCGUGCCAGAUAUCAGACGCUGCCAGCUUACUCCCAACGACAGGUUCAUCUUGCUGGCCUGUGACGGGCUCUUCAAGGUCUUCACCCCAGAAGAGGCCGUGAACUUCAUUCUGUCCUGCCUUGAGGACGACAAACUGCAGAGCCGUGAAGGAAGGCCAGCCGUGGACGUCCGCUACGAGGCCGCGUGCAACCGGCUGGCCAGCAAGGCAGUGCAGCGGGGCUCGGCGGACAACGUCACGGUGCUGCUGGUGCGGAUCGGGCCCUGAGGGC